GGACGAAGAGAAAGCGAAGAGGAAGCGCCAUGUUGAAGCCGCCAUUGCCACUGCUAUCCUUUUUGUUCCUGCAGCUGCUGGGGGUGGGGCUGAACCAGAGGCUCUCCACACCCAUUGGGAAUGAAGACGCAACUGGUGGGCAAGCUGAUUUCUUCCCAACUUCUCUGUCCCCUGAGUCCCUCAGUGUUUCUACCCUGCCCCUCCCAGAAGUUCAAUGCUUUGUGUUCAAUGUCGAAUACAUGAAUUGUACUUGGAACAGCAGCUCCGAGCCCCAGCCUACCAACCUGACUCUGCACUAUCGGUAUGAGAAUACUGAUAAUUCUAAAUUCCGGGAGUGUGGCUACUAUAUAUUCUCUGAAAAAAUCACAUCUGGCUGUUGGUUGCCAAAACAAGAGAUCCAGCUCUAUCAAACAUUUGUUGUCCAGCUCCAGGACCCAUGGGAACCCAGGAGGCAGGCCAUGUGGAAGCUAAAACUGCAGAAUCUGGUGAUUCCAUGGGCUCCAGAGAAUCUAACACUUCUCAACCUGAGUGAAUCUCAGCUAGAACUCAGCUGGACGAACAGAUACCUAAACCAUUGUUUGGAGCACCUGGUGCAGUAUCGGAGUGACUGGGAUCACGGCUGGACCGAACAACCAGUGCGCCACAGGCACAGCUUCUCCCUUCCCAGUGUGGAUGGACAGAAAUUCUACACAUUCCGCGUCCGGAGCCGCUUUAACCCCUUGUGUGGAAGUGCUCAGUACUGGAGUGAAUGGAGCCACCCAAUCCACUGGGGGAGAAACACUUCAAAGGAGAAUCCUUCCCUGUUUGCUUUGAAAGCUGUGCUUAUUCCCAUCGGCACCAUGGGACUGAUUUUUGUCCUCAUCUGUGUGUAUUGCUGGCUGGAACGGAUGCCCCCGAUUCCCACCCUGAAAAAUCUAGAGGAUCUGGUUACGGAAUACCACGGGAACUUUUCGGCCUGGAGUGGUGUAUCUAAGGGACUGGCGGAGAGUCUGCAGCCAGACUACAGCGAACGGCUCUGCCACGUCAGUGAGAUCCCCCCAAAAGGGGGCACCCUGGGAGAGGGGCCUGGGGGCUCCCCCUGCAGCCAGCAUAGCCCCUACUGGGCCCCACCAUGUUACAACCUGAAGCCUGAAACAUAACCCUCUCUCCCACCAGAACCCUCAGGGUCCUAUGCUCACUUUGCUCCACUGUGGAUAAUUUUGAAUUUUGUGCCCUGUGUAUCAAUCCCCUUCAUUUAGUCUCCACUACUGAAGAAUUGCCCCUUUGUCCCUUAUGUUUCUUGUCUCUUACAAUGUGGUGACCCUUCCUUUCUGUACCCCCUUCUCCCCCAUCCCUCUUUCUAUCUGCGCUUCAGUUGUUCCUAAACCAAUGCAAAAUAAAGUUUCUUUUGAUAAUU